AUGGCUGCGGCGACCAAGAAAACCGCCGGCGCCAAGAAGAAGAAGGGCAAGGCCAAGGAAACGGCCGGAAAGGAGGGCAUCGGGGACAAGGCCGUCGAGGCGGCGGGCAGGCUCCUCAAGCACGACCCGGAUUCCGGCGUGGAUGGGUGGAAGAAGGGCGAACCCGUGCCGUAUCUCUUCCUCGCAAACGUUUUCGAGAACAUCUCGGAGACGACCAAGCGCCUGGAGAUUGCCGAGAUGCUCACGAACGCGUUCCGCACGGUCAUCGUGUCCAAUCCCGAUGACCUACUCGCCGCCGUGUACCUCGCGAGCAACACCAUCGCGCCGCAGCACGAGGGUAUCGAUCUCGGCAUCGGCGACGCGACGCUCGUGAAGAUCCUCGCCGAGGCGACCGGCCGCAAGGAGAGCGCCAUCAGAGCCGACUACAAGGAGCAAGGGGACCUAGGGAUCGUGGCGAGCAUGAGCAGGAGCACGCAGAAGACCAUGUUCGCACCACCGAAGCUCACCAUGUCGGGCGUGCUCAAGGAGUUCCGCGCCAUCGCCACCACCGAAGGCACCAAGUCGGUAGAUGCAAAAAAGGCCAAGAUUAAAAAACUCCUCGUCGCCGCGCGGGAGUGCGAGGCUGGUUACAUCGUCCGCUCGCUGCAGGGCAAGCUCCGCAUCGGCCUCGCGCAGCAGACCGUCAACCAGGCUUUGAUCCACGCUGUGGUGCUCCAGUCCGACGCGGCGGCGAAGGCUGCGAAAGAGGGCGGCAACGGCGCGGUGGCUGACCUUCUCGGGCGGGGCGCCGACGUCCUCAAGCAGGUCUUCUCCGAGUGCCCCUCCUACGACGAGAUCGUCCCCGCGCUGCUCAUGGAGGGCGGCGUGGACAAGCUCCACUCGCGGUGCCACUUCAGGCCGGGCGUGCCCGUGAAGCCCAUGCUCGCCAAGCCCACGUGUGGCGUGAGCGAGGUGCUCCAGAGGUUCUCAGACGUCGAGUUUACGUGCGAGUACAAGUACGACGGGGAACGUGCGCAGAUCCACCUGUUGGAGGACGGCACCGUCAAGAUCUUCUCCAGGAACCAGGAGGACAACACCCCAAAGUUCCCGGACGUCAUCCGCGCGCUGCCCUCGUACCUGAAGGCUGGUGUGAAGAGCGUCGUGAUCGAUGGAGAGGCGGUGGCGUACGACAGGGAACAGCACAAGAUUCUUCCGUUUCAGAUUUUGUCCACGCGCGGGCGCAAGAACAUCGACGAGGCGGACAUCAAAGUCAACGUGUGCAUAUACGCGUUCGACUGCCUCUAUCUCAACGGCGAGACGUUGCUGCAGAAGUCGCUGACGGAGAGAAGGGAGGCGAUGUACUCGGCGUUCAAGGAGGUUCCCGACGAGUUUUACUUUUGCACGGCGAAGAUCUCGCGCGACGUCGAGGAGCUCCAGGUUUUCCUCGAAGAUUCCAUCGCCGACAACACCGAGGGCCUCAUCGUCAAGACGAUGGACGCCACGUACGAGCCCUCCAAGCGAUCGCUCAACUGGCUGAAGCUCAAGAAGGAUUACCUCGAGGGAUGCGGCGACUCCCUCGACCUCGUCCCCAUCGGUGCGUUUCACGGCCGAGGCAAGCGCACGGGCGUCUACGGCGCGUACCUGCUCGCGUGUUACGACGAGGAAUCCGAAGAGUUGCAGUCCAUCUGCAAGAUCGGCACCGGGUUCUCGGACGAGCAGCUGGUGGAGCUGACGGAAGGUUUGCGACCGACGGUGAUCGAGGCGCCGAGGAGCUACUUCAAGUACGACGCCAACGCCAUGAAGUGCGACGUGUGGUUCGACCCGAGCCAGGUUUGGGAGGUGAAGGCGGCGGACCUGAGCAUCUCGCCCGUGCACCAGGCGGGACACGGGCUGGUGGACCCGGUCAAGGGCAUCGCGCUCAGGUUCCCGCGUUUCCUCCGCAAGAGGGACGAUAAGAACGUGGAGCAGGCGACCAACUCGGAGCAGGUGGCGGACUUCUACAACGCGCAGGCGACCAAGCAGGAGUUUGCCGGGGGCGACGACGACUAUUAG